CGCGAAUUUGGGCUGGCAGGGAUCCCAGCGCCAGCAGUCAGUCGCCUUGCUGCGAGGCGCAUCUCCCUGCCUGCUGCUGCGGAGCCUGAGCGCGUCCUCGAUUUGAGCCUCACCACCCAAGUUCGCCAUCACACAUGACAUGACCGGCCAGGCGGCGCCACAUACCAAAGUAUAUCCGACAUUGCCGUUGUUGUAUCUGCUGUAGCGUGCCGAGGCCGCAUGAAGCCCGACGUACAAAAACUUCGCGCGUCUGUUCGAGGCCAUUUCUUUCACGCCAAAGCCUCCACCGCAUAAUCAUCACAUGGGCGCAUAGCCAAAGGGCCGCAGGAGAACCCGCUCCUCCGCGAAUCUCAAGUCCUAGCCCCGAAGCAAGCAAUGUCUGGCACCGGGCCCCCGAAUGCUGUCCCCCCGGUAGCAGGGGGUGCCUACGCCGGCCAGAACCCGGCUUCGGCACCUUCAGCGGCCUCGGCUGCGGCACCUCAGGCCCAGUCUGCCCCUGCACCAGUAACCACCUCACCCUCUGAUCUCAAUAAGAUUGUUACCGACUAUCUGCUCAAGAAGGGUUACACACAAACCGAGGCCACAUUCCGGCGGGAAUCCGCCCAUGUCUCUAGCGAUGGCCGCCCCAUCCACAGAAGGGUCCAAGACAUGGGCCCAAACCGCUUCCUACAGUCCUUCAACAUGGUGAGGGACUGGGUCGAGAACAACCUCGACGUUUACAAGUUCGAGCUACGGAAAAUCCUAUGGCCAUUAUUCAUCUAUUCCUACUUGGAUCUGGUCGAGGAUGGCUACCCCCAAGAUGCCAAGGCCCUCUUGCAGCAGCUGAAGCCCCACUUCGAAAGCGUUCAUAGUGAUGCCCUGAAGACGCUCGCAACCAUCAAACUACCGGUGCACGUCAAGGAGAACGACAUGACGCGGAAGUACCGAGAAAACAAGUACAAGAUUCCGCUCAACCAGUUUGUCACAGGUAACCUGUUCAACUUUCUCGAGCGCGAGACGGAUACCGGUGGAGCCGUCGCCACUUACCUUCUUCAGACGUACUGCUCGCUUGAGUCAACAUCUCGUGGACCUAUCGAGCCCUACAGCUUCGAGGCCAUUUAUCGCCGCACACAGAAUGUGGAGCUCGACGAGGCCGAUGCCAUGGAAGGCAUUCCCGGGGUGUUUACCGGUGCUAACAACAAGGACGCCCUGGAUGCCUCGGCGCCCCUGAAGUUGGGAGCCUUGCCGAUGGAGCCCGAACUGAGGGACGACGUCCGUGCAGAGCUGGAAGACGAGGACCAGCGAAACCCGCCAGCGCCUGGCAGGCCGACACUUGUGGACGAGUUCGAGAGGAAGAUUAAGCGCGAGGAGAGCGUCGAUGGUCCGAGCCGGCACGAGCUGCCGCUGCCUCCGUCGCGAGCUCGCGAUGUCGUCAUGGAGAUGCAGAAGAUUCGCGAAACCCGAGAUCGGUUCAGGAUCGAGGGCAGGACAGGCGGCGUUGGCAUUCCCAUCUCGAUAUGCAUGUUUACCUUUCACAACACGCUGGGGAGCGUGACCUCGAUGGACUUCUCCAAAGACAAUCAGCUUGUGGCGGCCGGGACGAUGGAUUCUUAUAUCCGCGUCUGGAGCCUUGACGGAAAGCCCCUCAAGUCCAAGGUUCCACAGGAGAAGGGGCUUCUGGUCAACAACCGCAAGCUCGUCGGCCAUUCGGGCCCCGUGUACAGCGUCUCGUUCUCUGAUUCCAUCUCCAACAUUGACCGCAACCUGUUUGGCGACGACAGCAACAGCAACGUCGACACGGGCCCCAAGCUUCUUCUGUCCUGUUCCGCCGAUGGCCAGGUCCGGCUCUGGUCUCUCGACGUAUGGAGUUGUCUUUGCGUCUACAAGGCGCACCAUGGACCGGUGUUCCGGGUGCUCUGGGGCCCUCACGGGCACUACUUCGCAACAGCCGGAUGGGACAAGACUGUGCGAGUCUUCAUGCAGGAUCACGCAUCAGCGCAGCGAAUUAUGGUCGGCCAUGAUACCAGCAUCACGGCGCUUGCGUGGCAUCCCAAUGGAACAUAUGUCUUUUCGGCCUCGGACGAGCAGGACAAGUCGAUCCGCAUGUGGUCGGUUCAGACAGGCUCGUGCGUGCGCGUCUUCACGGGCCACGCCGACUACAUCAGCGCCAUCGAAGUGGCUCCGAACGGCAAGAUCCUAGCCAGCGCCGACGCCGGCGGCAACAUCUUCUUCUGGGACAUCGCCAAGGGUGCCCGAAUCAAGCGCUGCCGUGGGCACGGCAAAGGCGGGAUUCCGUCCAUCAGCUUCAGUGUCGAGUCCAACGUCCUUGUCUCUGGUGGCCUUGACGGUACUGUCAGGCUUUGGGAUGUGGAGCUCCCGGCUGAUGGGAGCAAGGUCACUACGAUCGGAGCUGCGGUCGGCACGAGUGCUACUGCGGCGACAGCCCCCGCAGCUUCUGCACAGCAAGAUGGUGCCGGAGGGGCUGGGGAUACUGUCAAUGUUGGUGGUGCUGGUGAGCGCAGCAUCACGGUCGGCGCUCAGGCGGCUCAGCCAUCCAACUCGCUAGCCCCCGCCACAUCAUCUGGCGGGGCGACUGGCGGAGGUGGAAGCGGGAGCGGUGGCGGCACUGGCAGGAAAAAGGGCAAAGAGGUUCAGAUAACGCCCGACCAGAUCAGCGCAUUCCCCACCAAGAGGACGCCAGUGCUCAAGGUGCAAUUCACGAGAAUGAACCUGGUCGUUGCCGGCGGCUGCUUUGACCCGGAGCGAUGAGCCAAAUAGGAUGCUCUGCUUGUGGACAUCUCCGUAUCCCUAUACCUCUUUUUACUGGCGUUUGUAUACUGGUUGGGUUAGAACGCUCGGGUCCCAGCUUUACAUUCCCUCCUGGCUCGUUUGGCUCAUCAGGCACAUGAAUUGUGCCUCCAAUCGAGCCCGCAGCUGAUAUAAUAGAGGGUUGUGAGUUGAUCACUUGGCGAUACGGCUUCGUGGGAGGCAUGCAGAUCAGAUAUGGCGUAUAUGAUUCAAAGAUGAAGCGCUACGGAGUUUAUAUGAAGAAGCGUUGAACACGACUGAAAUUCUUCCUCGUGGAGAAAGUGUAGGAACAACCAUGCAUGUGAA